AUGGCGGGCGCGGAGGCGGGCGCCAUGCGCAGGGCCGGAGGUUUCGUGUCGGUAGUACUGGCCCUGGUGCUAGCCGCGAGGCUCCCCGCGCUCGGCCGGCCGCCGCCGCCGCUGGGUCGACUCCUUGCCCUGUGGGAGCUGUGGCCAGGUUAUAUAAAAGAGUGUCAGCUACUAUCAAUGGUAACAGUAGACAAUUCUUCAAAUAAAACAUCACAACUUGUGGACCCAGAACAAUCAACAUUGAAAAAAAAUCUUCUAAUUUCUCAUGGUUUUUGGCAGAACAUUUCUACAGUUGGAAGAAAUUACAAAAAAUUUAAAACAAAAUCAGAAGCAACUAGAAGAAAAACUGACAAAUACAAGCACCAAUGGAAGCUGCUCAGAAAUAACAUUGUAAACAUUUUCAUGAAUCAAAACAAGCCACAACUAAUUACCAGUGAAGGCAUAAAAACACAAGUUUCCAAAAAGUGGACAGGAAGUGGAAAAAUAACUUCAACUGAAACAAAUGCAGAGCUAAUAGAAAAAGCAAGAAAGAUCCUAAAGCUUGGGAAAACUGAAAAUACUAAGAUAAGUCAACACAAAAUUAAUUCACAUCUACAGAAUGAAUUUAAAAUUGUUGAAAAGAAAACUGCAAAUAAAAGAAAGCAACCACAAAGAAAGUUGUGUGACAAUUCUGAUAUAUUUAACAAAUGCUUUGGAACUAAGUCAUCAUUGGUUAAUACAUUUUUGACAGCAAAUUUUCUAUCAACUGUUAAAGGAAAAUGUUGCAGAAAAAAUCUGAAAGACUUACAAAGCAUUUUGGUAUUAAAUUUAGUAAAAAAUCAGAUGGUCAAUGAAAAUAGUCAAAAUCAGACUAAAAUAAUGACUAAGGAAAAAAAUAAGUGUACCAAUGAAAGAAUUUUAGCAUUUGUCAAACAAAAGGAAUUAGCUGAAAAGAGUUCUAAAACAUGGGACUGGGAAAGAAUAGGUGCAAUCAGCAGAGAUCAGCAUAAAAUAUUAACUGAUGCAAGAAAAGUGUUAAUAAAUGCAGAAAAGAAAAGUCAACAUACUAAACUUCAGAAAUAUGGACAUAUACCUAAAGAGUUUCAGGAAAUAACUGGAUCUGUAAACAAUAUACCAAGUGGAAUAAGCAGUUGGAAAAGAAAAUCAGAAAGAAUGUCGACUAGGCCUUACAAGAAAAAACAAAACAUUUUAAACUCAAUGAAACAAAGAUCAGUAAGAUUACAAAAGGGUCAACCAAAUAUGAAAGACAUAGAUGGAGUGUACACAACUGGAAAAUCAGACAAAAAUAAUGGGAGCAUGGAUGUAUUGUUCAAUAGCUUGCCUGAAGUAGGAAUCAAAGUAAUACUUCAAGGUAAAGAGCAAAGAACUAAAACAACUCCAAAAUCUGUUGAUGAAAAUCAGAGAUCUACACAAGCAAUGAUCUUGCAAAGAGGCAAAGAAAAUGUGCAGGAAAAGUGGUCAAUAUAUAAAACUGGUUCUUCUAGAACUCAUGAAAGAAAACAAGAUAUUUUUAAAACUGAAGCUUCUAGAAAACAGAAAUGGAGAGGGAAUCCGGUUGAAGUACAUAUACCUAAAAAAGAAAGUACUGUGUUUAGAGUGGAAGAGUUGGAAUAUUCAUCCAGAAACGACCACGUAGAACCUACAAAGUUAAAUUCUGUCUUUCCAACCACAAAAUAUGCUGUAAGUGUUAAACAGGCAUUAUUUACACCAGAAAUAAGACAAGCAAAGUCUUCAAGAUACGUGGGAAAAAUGGUGACACAUAGCAUGUCAACUUCAUGGAAGGUAAAACAGAAAUAUUUAAGCUUUGCUCGAAAGGAUUUAAAUGUUAAAGCUAGAAGAGCUGCUGUAUCAAACAAACAAACUGUGAAUAGUAAAUAUAAAAAAAUUAAUAAAAGAGAUUAUUUACCAGUACCUUCAAUAUAUCCUUAUAAACACACUUCUCAAAGUGUAUCCGAUGGUGAAGGAAGGAAACAAUCAACACAGGGUGAAAGUGUAAAGGUAUCUGUAGGUUUUGUGAACCAUUUAGUCUCCGUUCUAGUAGCAGGUGCUACUAUUGUUGGAAUUGCCUUCUUUGCUUUGGGAUUAGCAGUGUUUUAUCUGUUUUAUAAAAGAAGGCAGCUUUUUCAGUUUCUCAAAACCAUUAUGAAAGAUGAAGACCUUCCAAACAAAUUUGUACCAACUGAUGCUCAACAUUAUAAGCAUAUGUCUCUCUCUCAGAGUUUUCAUGUUGGAAAAUCACAGGAAUCAAGCAAAAAGCAAACAGAGGCAGCAACAGGUACUAUAACUUUCAGAGUCCAGAACACAAAAAUCUGAUUUACGCUGUUGAAAGCCAGCACAAAAUAAAGGAAAGUAAAAUGCCAAAAUGAAAUACUAACCCUGAUUGGAAAAGACAUAGGAAUUAUAACAGAAGCCCCAUAG